AUGGCGAGCACCACCAAGGCCACCAGCACGUCUACGCCGAACCGCCCAAAUGCUCAGAAGAGGUCAUCUCCACCUCUUAACCAGAUAUAUGCCCUCCCGGCACCCAUCAGGACUUUCCCACUUCCGACCUUCUACCCCAACAACCCCGUCUCCCUCUUCUACGUCGCCUAUGCGUGGCUCGGCCAGCUCCUGAGGCCGCCGCCCGCGGAGCCGGCCGUGGUCCACGAGGGGACCUGGUCAGAGGCCACCUGCUCCGUGCACAUCACGGACGACAAGUCGGUCAGGGCCCUGUGGGAGCAGGGCUUCUACGGGAAGGGAAGCCUUAGUCGUAGCGAGCCCAACUGGCUGAAGCGCGAGCAGGUCCGCCGCGGACACGGGGAGACCCAUGUCAGUGAGAUCCUGACGGUCCAGAGGCGAGAGGAGCGCCUGCGUGCCAAGUGGGAACGCGCGAGACUGGAGCAAGAGGUCAUUCGUCAGACCAGAGAGGCGGAAGCAUUGGAGGCGGAGAGGAGACGCAGUGCACAGAAUACUUCCAAGCCCAUCAUCCCCAAUCCGAUACCUAUACCAAAGGUUAUACCAAAGGCUACCCCCAAGCUUGCCCGCAAGCUUACCCGCGAGGCACGACCGAAGGAACAUUACACUUUCCCGUCAAUGCCCGCGGCACCAACAGGACCGAUCCAGCUGCUGGCGCUGCCCAACUCGCUGGUCGAGCUGUUGCAGAUUUCCCCCCCUCCUUCACAGCCGACACGGUUGACCCCGACCCCAGCGCCGCCAAUCGGACCAAUGGAGUUGUUGGCUUUACCGAACUCGGUCGCGGAGCUUGAGCUGUUGCAUAUGCCUCCUCCCUUGGCGCCAGCGCCACCAACGGGUCCAGCGGAACUUUUGGCUCUGCCUAACUCGGUCGCUGAUCUGGUGCAUCCGAGCAUCGAGCCCGUUGAGGAUGAGAUUGAGGUUGACGGGAUUGAUGUGCCCGUCCAUGGCGGCGGCCUCGGCAUUCACACCAAUGGCAGCGCCGAUCUCCAUCCCAACGGUGGCACCAGCAACGGUAGCACCAGUGUCUAUCUCAACGGUUCCGCCGAGAAGUUGGUCAAGGACGUCGUCGGCGAUGACGACACUGUCGUCCGCGUCACUGCCAAUGGCUCUGCUCCUAUCCCCACCGUAAUCCCCGGGCUGCACAAGCUCAAGGCCCAGAAGAGUGUCCGGUUCUCCCCCGAGGUGGAGUCAACCUCGUUCAAGGUGUCGGACCCCCCGAGCCCUGACCGGACUGGUAGUGGACAGAAGCAGGAGUCGGGCAAGGGGCAUGACCCCGUCGCGACCCUUGUCAAUAAGGAACACCUACAGCUCAUGCCGGAGGAGGCACUCUGGCUGAGCUUUGGCCUGGGCGCCCUGACGGUCAAGGACCCGUCAUCAGGCCAGCCCCUGUCCAACCGGGACCUGCUGACCCUGUUCCGGCAGCACAGCUACUUCCCGCCGCGCACGGGACCCGACGACCCGGACCUGCAGCCAGACGACGAUUUCCUCGUGCACUACGCCGUGUACCACCACUUCCGGUCUCUGGGCUGGGUACCCCGCGCGGGUAUCAAGUUCGGCGUCGACUGGCUCCUAUACACGCGCGGCCCGGUCUUUGACCAUGCAGAGUUCGGCCUCGUCGUCGUGCCCUCUUACUCGGACCCGCUCUGGUCCACCGCCUCAGGCAUCAGUAGCAGGAAGAACAAGACGCCCCAGACGUGGCACGGCCUGCACAGCGUCAUCCGCGUCCUGUCGCAGGUCAUGAAGAGUCUCGUCCUCGUCUACGUCGAUGUGCCGCCACGAGCCAAGCUAGAGGCUGCCCUGGACAGCGGUGGUCUCGCACAUGCCCUCAGACUCUACAGAGUGCGAGAGAUGAUGGUUAAGCGAUGGUCCAGCAACCGGAAUCGUUGA